AGAGAGACGGCAGAGAAACACCAAGAGAGGGAGGGAGAGAAGGAGAAAGUGCCAGAGCUGACUGCGAACGUGAUCCAAGAGGCCCACGCCUGGCUUCAGGAUCCACCAGCUCGCACAAAUCAGGAUGGGCUGUACAACAGGCCACCUGGUUUGCCAACCCCAGACCAACACGGGGCAGGAGGGUCAGUCCCUGGAGGCUGGCGGGCCCAAAGUCCCCGACGUGCUCUCCUCUCUGGAGCGUCUGUCCCAGGCCACCGGUGGCAUGGAGAAGUCCUGGUACCGCUGCAUCUUUCCCUUUGGCAUCAUCUCUCUGGUGAUCGGUGUCGCGGGAACCGGGGUGACCUACACCUAUAAUGACCUGCCUCAGACUAAAGUGGUGUCGGUGGUUCUACUUGUCAUGGGCCUUUUGCUGCUGCUGAUGGCCACCGCCUGUUGGACUGUCCACAAGAAGAAGAGAAGGAAAAAGAAAGAGGGAGGCUCGUUCACCUCUGAGCAGUGUCCCCUGUGAAGCACAUGGGGAAAACAGUGGUAGGAACUUGAAAGCAGAGACAUACCCAGUGCUGGGAACUCAAGGGUUGGCUAAAGAAGCCGCCACUACACCUCCUCCCACCGCCAAAUCCCCUCUAUUCUUCAUCACAGAGUUGCGCUCAGCUCAUACCGGAGAGAACUUGAGCUGAGAAAGAGUGGAAGGACAGAUAGGCAGGAAGUAUCUGUUUAGUCUGUAAAGUUUGGACCAUUUUGGACCGACAAGGAGGGAUCACCAAUGCCUCACACGCUCUUUCACCAUCAGACAGCAGGUGUCCGGUGUCAAAACAACCUCAGAGGAGACACACACAAAUAUGCAUUGCACACUACAUGCAUAUUUUACCCCGCGGACACACGGCCCUCUUAGCCCUCGCAGCCCUUCGUUCACAUAUGCACUAGCAGUCACAGGGGGAAGCUCGCGCAGACACCUAACACGCUAUGCAGAGCUGCUGCCGGAGUCAAUGCUGGCGUCACUAGGCACGUCAGUCGCAGCAUUCCUCUUGCCAGGACAGGUGACUCUCCAAGAGGCCAGAAGUGGGCCAAAGACGGCAACCUGAUACCCGGCCCGAAAGAGCAGCGCACCCGCGUCAGCGGCCAGCGUCAUUCACUCGUCCUGUGACACCGCAGCAAUGUGUUGGGAGCUUUUUUUACGCAACGGGAGAGUGGAACUUGAGUCCAGCGGGAUCUUAGUGGCAUCCGUGUGAGCGAUGAGCCGGAGAGGGCAGAGGACCUGCUGGGGAAGUGAAAGGUGUUUGUGCGUGCUCAAAUAAAGAUUCUGGUCUGUUGGACCUUGGACUUCACUACUGAGAAACAACAAGAUGUGCACAUGUAGCCAUGUCCAAGCCAAGCGAGAGGGACUUCUAGUAAAGCGACAUGCCACGAAAGGCCUUUUGUAGCUUCAGCUUCACGCUACAAAGGAGUGGGGCGCUGACGUUCUGCCCUCCUUUCAAUGUGCGCGCAUUUACGGCCAGCCUAGUGUCUUUGUGGGGCACCUCAACCCCACACAGGACAGGCCAGGAUUACUGAAGGACACUACCCGAGGGGACAUGCCACUGUAGGGACACUUUGACUGAUCCUGCUCCCCUAGGGCCCCUCCCUCUUGGUGCCUUGAGCAAGCACUCAUGGAAAAAGGCUCUGUCGCAUUCCGCCGUUUCCAUCUGAACCCCUGAGAAUGUCCCCCCUUGUUCUCUCUCUUUAGCCCAACAGGACUCUCUUCAUUCAUCCCACAUGCCUUCCUCCAUCCUAAAUCCCCAGUUUCUGGCUUGAUCCCCUCAUUUCCCCAUUGUUAUAUAGCCCAGCAGCACACGCUUAAAUGUGAGGCUCAUAGUCCACAGACAUUUGUCUUCAUCACUCCUUACCAAAGAAAAUGAGAUAAUGUUGUUCUCAUAGUGGGAAGUAUUGAAAAUAUAGUGCAAGGCUGUUCUCUGGGGUUUCCUUUUCAUACACUUUUUCUUUCGUGAGGAAAGAGUGAAUGUAGCUGUGCUCAACUCCACAGCUGUGAAUAGGUGCUUUCUGUUCGGUGUGUGGUCUCACAGGAUGAGACGCACUAUGGCAUUUUAGUCAUGUCUUAAAUAUAUUCUUGGCACCGAAUGUAACAUGGGAUGGAAAAUACAAACCACGGAAGUGCAAAACACGGAAUGUUUAUCGGAGCUGAAAGGAGUCGCAUAAAAGCCCUCCUUUAACCUCGAGAACUAUUAUUGAUCACCGUUUCAUCGAUUCUGGCUCCCAGAUCGGUGACGCUUGUUGCUGAGUAAAAUGUGUCUAUGCACCAAGAGGUAGCACUUAACACACAAUGCCAAAGACCGCCCUGCAGGCCAGCUGCUUCAACAGGCAACUAUUAGUCCUCAUCUCACACAUGUCUUUGCUAAUCAGUGUGCAUUUAGAUGUUCUGUUGCAUGCUGAUUGUCAGCCAAACUCUGUUAAACUAGGAAAA